AUGACCGGGCAGGACUCCAAGCUGGACGAGGUCAACCAAGCCAUGCGGGAGGAGCGGCUGAAGCGCCGGGAGGAGAAGCUUUCUGCGGAACAGGAGGUUGCCAUGCAGAGGGUGCGGGCCCCCCCGGGCCAGGCCUUGGUGGUGCGUGGAGAGCGUGGAGAAAGGAAGAAUCCCUACCAGACCGAUGACCUGGGCCUCUCGAUGUACACGAUCCCUCCCAACGAAGAAGUCAGCGUCCGCGAGUUCGAGGAUUUUACGGUGAACCGGCUCAAGCUUCUGCACCUUAUCGACAAGGCUUGCGGCGGCCGCAGCAAAGCCGGCACCAGUUCCGAUUUUCGACUGGAGAACAUGGGCUCCCUGAGGCCGCAGCUGGCACGAGACCUGCGCGAUUGUGGCCUGAGCCUAGGUUACCCUAAAGCGGAUCGCGUCAAUGGCUUCCUUCUCGAAAAGGCUGAGUUUCAGAGUCGAGACAACAUCUCCCACUUCGCCUUGCGCCUGGCCUUCUGCAAGAGCAACGAGGCUCGCGAGUGGCUGCUGAAGCAGGAGCAGCGCUUGUUCGUCUUGCGCUUCGAGGGCCUGAACACAGACGCAAAGGAGGCUUUCGUGGAGUCCACUGGCAUCCGCGCGCAGAGGUUCGAGGAGCCGUCCGAGGAGGGCCCUACGCUCGCGAUGCUCCAAAAAUGCACGGCUGGUGUGAAGACCUGGAGAGACGGGCGCGCGGAGAUGGAGCAGGUCUUCUAUGCGAUGCCCUUUACAGAGGUACCUCCGGCAUUUAUCGCAGGGAGAAGGGUAGUGAUCAAGAAGGGCAAGGCCUAUGUUCCUGCCAGCUCGCUUAAAAUGAUCGUGGCCAAGAAGUUCAAGGACCUCCUGGCAGCAAGCUUGGAUGUGGCCUUCCAAGGUAUCCACAUGGCCCUGGCCGAUCCGCGAGUGGGUCUCUUCUUGCGGCAGCUGCAGGAGAUGGGCAUGCAGCUGGUGCUGCCCAUGCGCACCUCUUCCACGGAGGAAGCCGGCGAGAAGCUGAGCCUCGGCAACUUCGAGGAACUCCUCUCCCGCUCCCUACCUCCCUGCAUGCGGCGGCUUGUAGAAAGGCAGCGGGAGACCAAGAAGCACUUGAAGCACGCAGGGAGGCUUCAGCUGCGACCCUUCCUGAAGGACUGCGGCUUCUCCUUCGAAGACUCCGUCAGCUGGUGGAAGCAGGAGCUGUGCCGCGAUCCAACCAUCGAUUCCGGGAAGUUCGACAAGAACUACAUGUACGAUCUCGAGCACGCCUACGGGAAGAAGGGCCAUUUGCAAGGUCAGAACUGCUGUGGCUGCGCGAAGCUAAUCGGGCUGCCUGGUGAAGCGGUUGGUCAGGUUCACGGCUGCCCCUUCAAGCAGAUGGAUCCCAAAGCCCUACAACAGCAGCUGCAGAGGUGGCGCGUGCCCUCAGCAUAUGUCGGCGAGAUCGAGCGGCUGAUCAAAGAAGGCAAGCGUUACCAGGAGGCCUGCAUCGAGUACUUCAAGUCGCAGCAUCCGAAUCAUGAGGGCGAUGGCGUUGGCAAUAGUCCCCUGGAUUUCUUCAAAGAGAGCUGUGUUUAUCACAAGAAGAAGGCCAAAGAUGCCGCGAAGGGAGAGUCGGCCGGCAGUCCGGCGCCAAUCGCCGCUCUGGUGCGCCUCAUGCCCGGUGAGGCGGUUGGUCAGGUUCACGGCUGCCCCUUCAAGCAGAUGGAUCCAAAAGCCCUACAACAGCAGCUGCAGAGGUGGCGCGUGCCCUCAGCAUAUGUCGGCGAGAUCGAGCGGCUGAUCAAAGAAGGCAAGCGUUACCAGGAGGCCUGCAUCGAGUACUUCAAGUCGCAGCAUCCGAAUCAUGAGGGCGAUGGCGUUGGCAAUAGUCCCCUGGAUUUCUUCAAAGAGAGCUGUGUUUAUCACAAGAAGAAGGCCAAAGAUGCCGCGAAGGGAGAGUCGGCCAGCAAUCCGGCGCCAAUCGCCGCUCUGGUGCGCCUCAUGCCCGGUGAGGCGGUUGGUCAGGUUCACGGCUGCCCCUUCAAGCAGAUGGAUCCAAAAGCCCUACAACAGCAGCUGCAGAGGUGGCGCGUGCCCUCAGCAUAUGUCGGCGAGAUCGAGCGGCUGAUCAAAGAAGGCAAGCGUUACCAGGAGGCCUGCAUCGAGUACUUCAAGUCGCAGCAUCCGAAUCAUGAGGGCGAUGGCGUUGGCAAUAGUCCCCUGGAUUUCUUCAAAGAGAGCUGUGUUUAUCACAAGAAGAAGGCCAAAGAUGCCGCGAAGGGAGAGUCGGCCGGCAGUCCGGCGCCAAUCGCCGAUACUUCGAAGCAGUGA